UUGAAAAGAUUUGAAAAGCUCACUCGGUAUUUCCAUCUAAGUGAUAAUACUACUCAGGGAGCCAGAGGAACACCUGAAUUUGACAGAUUACACAAAAUAAGACCUGUACUUGAUGAGACGAGAAGGACAUCUCCGGAGUCAGAUGAAUCCACCUAAGCAACAGGCUAUUGACGAGGGCAUGGUUAAGUACAAAGGGAGAUUUUUUGCAAGACAAUACAUGCCGAAUAAACCGGUCAAGAGAGGUUUUAAGAUAUUCAUGAGAUGUGAUGAGGAUGGGUAUUGCUACGAUUAUUGGCCAUAUAUGGGAAAACAUGACUUUUUUCAUGGAAAGUCACUAGGAGAAAGAGUCGUCAAACACUUGUGUAGACCAUUGAAAUACAAAGGCCAUCAUGUGUUCUUUGACAGGUUCUUUACAUCCAUUUCCUUGGUGCGAACCUUGCUUCAGAAUGGGAUUUUUAGUUGUGGGACAAUAAAGAACGACUCAGAAGGAUUUCCGCCAGAGUUAAGAAAUCCAGAUUUAAGGAGAGGGGAGACAUUACAGAUGCAGCACGACCAAUUGCUUGCCACUGCUUGGAAAGAUAAGAAAACGGUACAUAUUUUGAGCACUAAUUGUAGUCCGUUUGGAGAUGGCCCAGUUGUCCGUCGAACUCGGGGUGGAAAUUUUGUUGAGGUUAUGUGUCCUCCACCAGUAUCUUCCUAUCAACGUUAUAUGAGUGGAGUCGACAGAUGCAUGCAACACAGCGCAAAGAAUCCUGUUGGCAGACCAUCCAAAAAAUACUGGAAGUUUUUCUUCAACUUUAUCAUGGAAGUUUGCCUUAUAAAUGCAUUUGAGAUUUUUUCCAGAACACCUGGUAAGGAUCUUCCUGCCAAAACAAGGUUUGACCUGCUGGAUUUCAGGAUGGAGGUGGCUCAGCAACUUAUUGGAGGCUUCAGAGGAAGAAAGCGGGGCCAUCAUUUACAGGGUAUUCUUGACCCCCCUCAUGUUUUUUGCCAUCUGGAUCGCCUAAAGUCAACAUGCAAAUGGUGUACCAAACACGGAGAAAAGAAAAGAAAGGAGACAGUUUAUGGUUGUAAAGGGUGUAACAAACACUUGUGCAGUGAACGAUGUUUCAGGGAAUUUCAUUCUGAUGUUAAUCUCUAAGAUCAAUUUGUUACGUAAGUCACAUAAUCAUGCUUGGAAAAUUUGUAUGAGAUGCCACUUGCAGGAAUACAUAAAACAUAGGAUUACUGUACAUUACAAUGACUCAAAGAUCAAGGUUAAUAUUCCUUAAUUUUACGCAUUAUAUUUUAAAAUUUGAAUACCGUGUAUAGAGGCAUAUCAAAUCUUCUAAAUGUUAUUUUGGAAGCUAAGAUUUUAUUUUGUAAAUCUCCUUAAGUUUGUAAGUUAAGAAUGAUGGUGUCUACUCAUAGAGGAAAUUUUUUUUCAAUUA